AUGAAAAAUCUUGUUCCAGAGUCAAUGGGAGGCAGUCAGAAUAAGGAACAGAGUUCCCCUGCGUCUUAUAUAAAGGCGACGGCGGGUGAAUCUAAAACCCUAAGAAAUGAGAUGGAUAUGGAGGGCUUGGAUGACGACGAUGUUUCUGAUGAUGACAUCCCGCUAGACUGUGACUCCGAGGAUGAGGACUGCCCGACAAUCCUGUUAACAAAGGAGGGAAAGAGGAGGUUGAGAGCUCCAUGGAGAAAUGCCCUAAUUAUCAAAUUGUUUGAUAAGAGGAUGAGCUAUGCAAUCUUGGUGAAACGAUUGAGAUUGAAAUGGCAAUUGAAAGGGGAUAUCGCUUUAACUGAUGUUGGACAUGAUUAUUAUGUGGUACGUUUCAAUAACAUGGAGGAUUAUGAUUGGGUAUUAUCUCAAGGUCCCUGGCUAAUUGGAGAUAGUUAUCUCACUAUUAGAAAAUGGGAACCAAAUUUUGUUGCUGAUGAAGCUCCAAUUAAGAAGCUGAAUGCGUGGGUUCGAAUUCCUCAACUCUCUGUAGAGUAUUUCGAUAAGAAGUUUCUAUAUGAAAUUGGUUCGAAAAUUGGAAAAGUGGUCAAAAUUGAUCGAAACACUGAAUCCAGAGAUCGAGGCCAGUAUAUCAGAUUCUGCAUCGAAGUGGAUUUGACAAGGCCUUUGCUGUCAAGGUUUAAGAUGAAUGGAAGGAUAUGGAGAAUUCAGUACGAGGGAUUGAAGCAAAUAUGCUUUAAAUGUGGUCAUCUGGAACAUAAAGAGGAUGCUUGUACUCUUUUUAAAAAGACAGCUGGAGGGGAAGGCAGUGAAAAGGCCCAAGGUGCACAUCCUGUAGUGGGUCAAGGAGACCGAAAUGAUACGAAAAGACCUAAGGAACAAGGAAAAUAUGGGACAUGGAUGUUAGUCCAAAGGCCUCAAAGGAAGACUGCUACUAAGAAAGUUGAUCAAGGUAAAAAUAAGCCUAAUGUUUCGAGGCUUGGGAAACAGAUUGCAGGGAGUAAUAGCAUUGAGGAAGGUAGUAGUAAAAGUGUGAGGGGUAAUAAUAAUAGUAAUGCUGGGAAAAAAGUUCAGGGGAACGUGGCAAGUAAACAGGGGUCGAGAUUUAGUGUAUUGAAUCAUGGUGAUUAG